AUGCGACCCAUGCCUGGAGACGAUGCCUUUGGAGGGCGGUCACGUAGUGGCAGCGUGGCCGAUAACGACUUGACACCGCUCGUAACUCGGUCCCAACAACCACAGAUGACAUACUUCUUCGCAGACGAGAAAUCGAUAGAGGAGUCCGACUCUAACGUAUCACUAUCGCCAGCGUCCUGUUUCCCCAAACAGCGAGAUCCGAAUACUCCCAAGGGGAGCAUGUAUGGCGUUGAGAGCCUGGAAACCACCACAAGCUCCCUGCAGAUCGACGACCAGGAGGAUGAACAAAGGAUCCAAAAGGCCCGCCAUAGCCGGAAAAAUAAUAUCGGGCUAUCUUCCUCCAGACCGUCCGAAGAAGACCUGUCUGAUGCUGCCUCUGCAUAUCCUUCUUGGAAGUCCUCGGCGGAUAUCAGCAGGAAUGUGUCCCCCUCUCACCAGCGACGGCCUUCUCAAACAGGUAUUUCCAGACCGAUCACGCCUCUAUCAUAUGGUUCUCCGGCGCCUGCUUCUGUCAUGAGCAGCCCAGGUUCUCGCAGAAAUUCUGAUGCCGGCUCGUAUAUGGAUGAUAUUGCGAGCCAGGCUAUUAUAUCUAGCGGGGAUGAGGAGCGAGAGAUUAACCCCCAGUUGAUGGAUAGUGGGAGUGCUCCCCAGCUGGUCAUGCCUAGUAUAAAGAUGCCUAGCAGACGUCCAUUUACCGAGAGCGGAAAGAGCAUGGGCAGGCUGAAGGUGUUGAUUGCAGGAGAUUCUAGCGUUGGCAAGACUUCCCUGAUCAAGGCAAUCGUCCAGACCUGCGAAGACAUUGUACACGUUGACCCUUUGUCCCCGACCGCCAUAUCGAUCCCAGAGACCCGGCGGAGGAGUUCAAGAUCGUCCAGGAAGGGUUCCUCCAAUAUGCAAACUACCUCUCAAAUCACAGAAGUCUAUGCGAGCACAAAGCCAUAUCCUGCUUGGUGGUCUGAUUUGGAGGAUAGCCGUAUAUUGCAGAGGAGAAAGAGUCUGGGUGAUUCGGUCUUGGAGAGGAAUUUGUGUUUUGUCGACACGCCAGGAUAUGGCAACAAAACCUCAUGCUUGGAAUGCAUCACCCCAGUCAUUGAUUAUAUGGAAUCCCAUCUUAGAAAAGCUACGUCUCCUGAAAACAUAAGCGAAUCGGAUAUGAUAAGCAUGCUCAGUGGGAAUGGAGGAUCGCAGGUUGAUCUCGUUCUAUAUGUGAUUUUACACCGCAUAAAACCAGUCGACAUCGAAUAUUUACGGCGCCUAUCACACCUGACCAAUGUCAUCCCACUGGUUGCGCAAGCAGAGCACCUAUCCCAGGACGAGUUAUUGUCUAUCAAGGAACAUAUUAGAGGUUCAUUGCAAGAAGCUAACAUUCAUCCUUUCCAUUUCGCCAGUGUUCCGAAAGGGGCUCACUCACAUCCCGAAUCCCCGUAUGCGAUAUCUACUACCGCAUCCAAAGACCACGAAAACAUGGAUGCAAGUCUUCUGAUGUCCCCUGACUAUGUCUCACCCCUUAUUCCAUCAGAGUUAUCUAUUCUGGUAUCUCAGAUAUUUGAUCCAUCGAAUAUCUCCUGGCUCCGCCAUUCUGCUGCCAAGAAAUUCAUACAGUGGCGCGAUUUCAGCACACCUUCACAAUCCAUUUACCAGCCAAUCGGUGCCUCGUCCUCACCAAUAUCAACGGCGCCAGUCGGUGCAACUACUUCAUACGCACUGGCCCGAAUCACCGACCACGCCCAAAGAGAAGAGCGCAUAGCGCAAGUCCGGCUUGCCAACUGGGCAGCAGACUUACAACGAAGCCUGCAAAACGAGCGCGCGCGGUUUGAUCAACUUGCACGAAGUGAGAGGGCCGUCUGGCUUACCGAAAGGCUCGGUGAGUGUGUCCAAGAUGGUAGCAUCAUCCCAAUUUCACAGGCACGCAAGCAGGAUGAUGGCUAUUCAUGUUCUCUGAUUAAGCAAGGUAGCUACUCGAGACGUAAGGAGUGGUCAAUAGGGCCGCAAAGAGACAUAGAUGUACAUGAUCCAUUGGGUUUGUUGCAAUUAAAUGUCGAAAUGAAGAAGAGAGGUUGGGUCGCUGUUAAGUUCCUCGGUGGGUUUGGAAUCCUCGGUGGGUUGGCGUUCUGGCUGGUGAGGACAUGGCAAGGUACGAAUAUUUGGGGAGUUCCGGGAAAGGACUGGGCUGAGUUGGGCAUGGCUGAUUGGAGAUAA